GAAGAGACGAACUAAAGUAGCAUCGUUUGUUUGUCCCUCCUGCUCCCAGCCAUGGCGUGGGAUUUUAACCUUGACUUCAGUCAGCCACGGAAGGGCCCUGCCACCCCUGCCUUCAGUGGAGACUGGCGAGGGGGCACGGCCUUACAUCAGGCACCGCAGGUCGAGAAGAAAGGCGCCAAGGAACGUCAGAGAGGCCCUGUGGUGGAAAACGACUCUGAUGAGGAGGCCUUGCCAGCAGAGGUGUCCGAGAAGCCUCAGGUUCAGCUGAUAUGGGAUGCUGCGAAAGGCCAACUUGUCCCAUCCAAAGAAGGAGAGCCUGCAGAUAUACCAAAAGAGGACGGCACCAAGGUGGAUGAGAAGGCACCUGCGGAAGAAGCCAACGAAGGAGACGCUGAAAGUGAAGAGGAGGAAGAGGCUGAUGCGGAUGAUGAGGUCAAUGUAGAGGCAGAGUCCCGGAACGCCUUUCUGGCGGAGGCUUCGACCCCUGAGCUCAUCAAGCAGGCCGUAGCGGUCAGUGGGCCCUUAGCAGACUCUACCAAGGACAAGUGGGUUUUAGAUCAGGCCACACAGCUGUACUUCAAGUACGACUCUGCAAGUCAGAAGAUGUAUUGCUGGAAUACCUCCCAAGGUUGCAUGUAUCACUGGAAAGAGCGUGGGAAGAUGACCUUCCUUUGGGCGACUCCGGCUGGCGCCGGCACGGCGCCCCCGUCCCAGAUGCCCAACAUGCCCAGCGGCCCCAGCGAAAGCACAGAGGCAAAAGACCUGGCAAAAGCUACAGCUUCAGUACAGAAGACUGAGGGCGAUGCGGCACUUUGGGUGACCAUGAUCCCCCCGCAAGUGCUGACGGCAGAUUUUGAAGAUGCCAAUGCGCAGGCGGAGGAGGAGCUUGAGCUCAAUGCAAAGGCCAUGGGCGCAGUCAUCGGCAAAGGAGGAAAAGGAAUCAAGGAGAUCGAGCAAGCCACAGGUGUGAAGUCUACCACCUUAAAUGCCAGGGAAGAUGCUCAGGGCCAGCGGCGCCUGCUCCUGCAAGGCACCAAAACGCAGAUCCUGGCGGCGAAGAGCGCCGUGGAGCAGCGCAUAGUGAUGGUCCUGGGUUUGAAGAUGGCAGAGAAGGUGCAGAAGCACUGGAGCCAGCAACUCCUAGAGAAGAAACGCACCGAGACCGGCUCCGAGGCCGCCAAGAGCGGCGUGCGUGGUCUCAGCGACUUCGCGUUGGAGCAUGGCCUCAAGGCGGUGAUGGCAAGAAAGCUGGCGAAGUUGGAUGCACAGCUCCAACGCUACCUGAUUCGUCACUUCAAGCCCAUGAAAGCCAAACCGGCCAAUGCCUUAAGAGGAUACAUGGCCCAGCUCUUUAAGUUCCCCCAGCGCUGGAGAUUGGAAGCGCUCUACGAAGAUGGCGAAUUGGACGGCGAGAUUUGCGAGACGAUCCCCCUGCGGAGCAGCGCGGUGAUUGGCCGUGCUCCGGAGGAGGGCGAGGAGCAGGUCAUCGAGGCGGAGGUGAACAUGGCCUUAGGCCCCAAAGAAGCAUCCAAGCUAUACGGUGACGUACAGGACCAGCACUGCAAGCUACACCGCAUGGGCAAUGACUUUUACGUCAUGGCAUUGGAGUCCCAAAUCGGGACGCUGGUAGAUGGCCAGAAGAUCCGACAUACUGAUGGUCCGGUCGCUCUUCGAGAUGGAACUACACUUGGAGUUGGGAAGUACCUCUUCUACUGCGAGGUCGGCAGCGAGACCUUUCUUCAAGAGCGUCGAAAGAAGCUGCUGGCUGGUGAAAGGUUCUGGAAGGAAGGUUCUGCCAGUCUGCAACAAGCUGAGUCCGAAGCUCGACAGGCGGAGGCCAAGAAAGCAUCAUCCGAUGUGGAGGAGGCAGAUGCCCCAGAAGCAGAAGGCGCCGGGCGACCGUGUUGGCACAUGGUCAGUGGCUCCUUGGUAGGCUCAAUCGCAUGUGCUCGUAAUGUGGUGAUCUUCUCCUGUGGCUGUCAAGGUGCAGAUGAAGACGAGGAUGAGGAGGCCCUGGAUGUGCUCUUCACCGAUGGAUCGGCUCAGGAAAAUGAGGAGCUUGUGGACAAGAGCCUGCAGAAUGAGGAGCAGCUUGAUGCCGCCGAGCGAAAAAGGGAGGCUGAGGAUGCUGAGGAGCAAAUUGAGGAGCCUCCAGAGAAACGGAUGAAGACGCAGGAGGAGGAUGCGCCCAUGCCUGGAGCUGUUGUGGAUGAGGUCGAAGAGCUUGCAGAAGUGGCGGAGGCAGCGGAGAACGCAUGAUGACGUCAAGCUGAAGCUUGUCAGCACUUGGGUGAUGAUCUUGCGGGCAGUGAGAAUCGCAGCCUCUCAACACAAACAUG